GGCACCGCCGGCUAACUAGAAAGUCCAAUUUGGGCAAUUUGCUGGAUCGAUUUCGACCCAAAGGGACCUUUCGGAAUGAAAUUUCUUUCGUUUUUCUUUUGGUAAGAAACGGCAAACCAGCGAUCCAGAGCCUUCUUGCUUCAUUCCCACCAAGCAUACAAAUCCACCAACACGAUAGGCAGCCACCAGAACUUGCGGCCAAAGAUACUAGUACCACCCAAGAGAGCGAGUGUUCUAAUCAGAUCCCACAACCACCAUCAUGUCAUCACGAAAGGGUCGCAGCAACAAGCGAGGCGCCAAGCGCAGCCUUCAGUUCAACAAAAAAGAGGAGGAAGCAAAACAAGAAAAUGUCGUGGAUUUGACUUUCGCCAAUGACGAUUCGUCGCCCGUCAAGAAAAAGGCGAAAAAGGAAAUCAAGGAUUUCUUUACCAGUGACGCCGUUAGCACUCCUUCGUCUCGAACGAAACAAGCAGCAGUGGUGACGCCGCCCGAGAAAAGCCAAAGCGACGACGGCAAGCCAACGAAGAAACGCGACGACGAUGGUUACGUUCAAUCGUACAUUCACAAGAAUGUUUCGUACGUGCGAGAAGGCGAGAGCGAACUGGAUCCCACGACGGUAAAAGUAUUCGAGCUGGUGGACGAGUAUUACGUGAUUCCAAAGGGGUUUGAAAAUGAUCGCAAAUUUGGACCAAAAUCGGGGGUAUCCUUUGAGCAGCGUGUCAUUUCAUGCUACUGCAACAACUUGCUGGAAGCCAAAGAUGGCAAGGUGGAUAUCUGCACUCAGUGUGCGGAUGAAGGGCACUUGCGCGACGAUUGUCCCACUUUGAUUUGAGCAUUUCGUUUGAUUAGUUGGGGGUUGAAAGAAUUUAGUUGAUCAAAAAGGACAAAUCGAAAGAAUUUGAUGCCGAGAUGUGGUAUCUACAUACAUGAUUAAUCUAUUAUAUAAUAGACAAACAAUUGUCAUG